UUCAGGUAGUUCACUACAGCCAGUCCUCUGAGCGUUAAACAAUUGGGGAUUCACUGAUGUUACUGAAACAGCGCCCACCCUGCCCCGUGCCUUCUGUUGCUGCGCGAGUCACUGUCAUACGUUUUCACUCUCACUCGCUGCCGCGUAGUUCCCACCGAGAGCAGACUCUCUCCGCACCUCUUGACUGAGGUCAGUAUUGGCGAGAGGAAACAACACGCGGCUGACGUACGCGGCAGACUGACACGGGCACCAGCAGCAGCAGCCUCGGCGCUGCAGAGGUGGGCGUAUUGGUGUCGCGCGGUGACUCAGCCGUGUCCUUGGGCGCCGGGCGGAUACUUAAGGCGCGGUUCGCUGCCAGCCGCCGCUGCCUGCACCAUGCCGUCCGCGCUGUCGCUCUCGCUGCUGCUUCUGCCCCUGGCUGCUGCCGCCGCCGCCACCGCCGCCGCCGCUGCGCCGGAGCUCGACUUCCACGACGCUGUUGUUGUGGAGGCGGAGGCGCGCGCGGAGCCCCGGCCACAGCCGGCCGGCCGGCCUGACUGCAGCCUGGACGCGGCACCCGGCCGCUGCCGCGGGGUCUUCCACAGCUUCUUCUGGAACGCCACCGCCCGCCGCUGCCAGCCCUUCAUCUGGGGCGGCUGCGAAGGCAACUCCAACAGGUUCGACAGUGAAGAAGACUGCCACCACGCCUGCGCAUGAAUGCAACGACGUCCCUUCCCAAGAUGGCGUCAACAGUUGCACAACUGCACAUUAGAUAAGAUGUCACAUUGAAGUAUAACGCACCUACAUUGGAUGAAAACGCCAUUAUUCUGGGAGCCUUUGGACUCUUCUUUCACAUCUGUGGAUCAUUCUUAAUCAAGACAUAUCAUAUGGAUAUUUCAAUUUACAUUUUCAGUAUUUAUGUGUUCAGUUUAACUAAUUACAUCUGUUAAAUACA